AUGAUUAUCUACAAGGACAUCAUCACCGGAGAUGAAAUCAUCUCCGACACCUUCAAGAUCGUCGAAGACGGCCCCGUCCUCUGGACCGCCGACUGCCGCAAAUACAUGAAGGGAUCCGAAAACUUCGAGCUCGAAGGUGCCAACCCUUCUGCUGAAGGUGGUGAUGAAGAAGAAGGUGGUGAGGGUGGGCAGGUCAUGGUUCACGAUAUCGAGGAUCAGUUCCGUCUUGUCUGGUUGAAGACUGAGGAGGGCAUGAAGCCUUCCAAGGAUGCUUUCAAGGCUCACUUGAAGUCCUACGUCAAAGCCGUCAACAACAAGCUCAAGGAAAAGGGUGCCUCCGAGGAGACCAUCAAGGAAUUCCAAUCCGGCGCCGCUGCCGCCGUCAAGAAAAUCCUUGCCAACUACGACAACUACGAUGUCCUCAUGAACCAGUCUAUGGACCCCAACGGUAUGCACGUUCUUAUCGACUUCCGUGAGGACGGUGUCACCCCCUUCGCUACCGUCUGGAAGCACGGUCUCGAGGAGAUGAAGGUGUAA